AUGAUCCACCGCAGUGCACGUGUUGUUCCUCGAUCGGCCGCCUCUCGCCGGCUGUCCAGUCCUCGCCGCUCCAUUUCCCUCAUGCCACGCUUCUUCCCUCCAUCUCCAUUCUUCUCAAAUAGAAGCGGACCAUCUGGCGAGUUCUCAUCUAUAUUCCGUUUCCUAGAUGAUUACACCGACCACGUCACACGCCGCUUCGACGACUCCUUCCCCGAUUUUAGCCGCAAUCUGACCUCAACUUUCGCGCCAAAGUUCGACAUCAAAGAGACUACCGAGGCGUAUCAACUAGACGGAGACCUACCUGGAAUUGAGAAGGAGGCGCUUCAAAUCGAGUUCCUUGAUGAGAAUACCUUGCAAAUCAAGGGACGAACGGAACGGAACUUUUCUUCAGGCAAUCCUUCCUCAGAUGCCGAAGAUGUGACUAUGACUGGAGCCGGCGCCGAAUCUGACGUAGAAAACAAAAACACUGUUGACUCAGCAUCAACUCAAACCCCGGCUGAGACAUCAGCAACGGAAGGCGCGGAAACUACCAAGGCUGUUGCUCAAACCGCUGAAACCUCCAGCCCAGCCAAGACGGAGAAUACCGGCAAUGAACGCUACUGGGUUACUGAGCGCUCCGUCGGAGAGUUCAGUCGCACUUUCUCCUUCCCAGCCCCGAUCGACCAAGAAGCCGUCAAGGCUAGUCUGAAGAAUGGUGUUUUGUCGAUCACAGUACCGAAGAAAGUAGUUGAGGAGCCUGCUGCUCGCCGAAUCACCAUUGAGUAA